ACUCGACACGUUUAGUGGAGCGAACCAAAACAUCAGGGAAGCAAAUCCAAACGUUUUCCUCACUUUGUUUGUCGCACUCAUAAUGUCUGAUGAAGAAGAUGACUAUAUGUCUGAUGCAUUUCUCAGUAAAAUACAAGAUGUGAAACCAGGAGUCAGUAUGGUAAGGCGAGUGAAAGAAGCAAUGAAGAGGGAGGAACGACAAAAGGAAAAGAACAUAAAGAACCGUCAGAAGACCUACAAGGAGCAAGAGAAGGAAAGCAGAGAAGCAGCUUUACAAAACGCCAUCAGCAAUGAAAACAAGGGAUUUGCAUUACUGCAGAAAAUGGGUUACAAAGCUGGUCAAGGACUGGGGAAGGCAGGAGCGGGUAUGGUUGAUCCAAUUCAACUAAAUAUCAAAACUGACAGAGGAGGGAUUGGAAUGGAAGAGGCCAAGAAGAGAAAAGCUGAGGAGGAGCUUGAACAUUAUCGAUUGAAAGCACGAGUCCAACAACAGAAUGAGACCAAAUCUCUGGAAGAUUUUAGGGUGAGAGUGAGGACUGAGAGAGAGGAGCGAAAGAUUGAAGCAGAUCUGAGGAGGAGUCAGCGAGCGUGUGAGCACCUUGAUCUUCAGAAGGACAUCGCUGUCCCGAGAGAAGAGUGGUACUGGCCUAAUGCAGGGACUGAUGAUUAUGAAGCAGAGGAAGACGAAGAAGAUGAUAGUAAUGAGGAGGAGGGACACAUGGAAUUAAGUUCUCUUGACAAACUGCAAGUAUUAACAUCCUACUUGCGAGGGAUCCAUUUUUACUGCAUAUGGUGUGGAACAGCCUAUAACAAUGAAGAGGACUUGUGCUCAAGUUGUCCAGGAGAUACAGCCACAGACCAUGACUGAACCUGAACAAAGGUGUUUUUUUUUUUAAUGCUCUCAAGAGGGGAAAAAAAAU